GUUUAAGAUGCCUGUUGAACUCAUAAUACUGACCUCUGGGAAAGACACUGAAGCCAGAGGUUGGGGGGAGGGGCUUGGAUACACCCCUACCCCCCCAAGCUCCUCCCUUCCCUUUUCCCCUCCCUGCCCUGCCAAUCCUAUUUGCACUCUCACCAGAACACACCUCUGCUCUCUGGACUUUGAACUAAGACCAAAGGAGAGAGAACUACACUUUAUUUUUGUGGGUUUGGAUUUGGGGCUCUCAUCUAAAACUUUGAAAUGGGAUUAGUGACGCCCAGUGGAAAGGUGUGCCACUGAGAGAAGAGAAGAGUGAUGAGAAAACUGAUGCCCUGAGAAGUUAAUUGAAUUACCCAAGGAUCAUCUCUGUUGGGUCAUCUUCCUGGUCCAAUCCCCUAACUGCUUGUAGCUGGAGGCUCUUCUGGGCUCUCUUCCCUCUCUACACUUUAACUUGUGGACCUCAUCAACCUUUGUGGGUUUAAUUGUCAUCUUUAUACAGGUCCAUGGCUGCUGUCUUAUCCUCCAGACUACCAAAAGCAUCUUCUUAGACACCAGGAUAGGGGGCUAAGCAAAGGAGAUAAAAGGUGCUUCCUCCUCUGCUUCACUCCUCUUCUCCCAGAUCCUCCCCCCAUCCCCACCUCUAGUCCCUUCUGCAGCAAUUUCUUCUAACCCCUCUUGUGAGGGGUCAGGAUGCUGAAGAAGCAGUCUGCAGGGCUGGUGCUUUGGGGUGCGAUUCUUUUUGUGGCCUGGAACGCCCUGCUCCUCUUCUUCUUCUGGGCUCGACCCUUGCCUGGUGGCCCAUCAUCUGAGGACCCCUUUGCUGAUGAUCCUGCUGGCCUUACCCGACGAGUGAUCCGUCUGGCCCAGGAGGCUGAGAUAGAGCUAGAGCGACAGCAGGGGCUGCUACAGCAGAUUCAGAAGUACAGUGUACUUUGGAACAAGAAACAACAGGUGGCUACUGCAGGCCCUCCUGCUAUCUCCCACCCAACCCUAGACCCUACAACAUCUGUUCUCCCCAUUUUAGUCAUUGCUUGUGAUCGCAGCACAGUCCGUCGUUGCCUAGAUAAGCUUCUCCACUACAGGCCCUCAGCUGAGCGUUUUCCCAUUAUUGUAAGCCAGGACUGUGGGCACAAGGCAACAGCCCAGGUCAUUGCUUCAUAUGGCAAUGCCAUCAUGCAUAUUAAACAGCCUGAUCUUAGCAGUAUACCUGUCCCAACUGAGCACCGAAAAUUUCAGGGCUAUUAUAAGAUUGCCCGUCAUUACCGCUGGGCAUUGAGCCAAAUCUUCCGUACCUUCAAAUAUCGGGCAGCUGUGGUGGUGGAAGAUGACCUGGAAGUGGCUCCAGACUUCUUUGAAUACUUUCAAGCAACAUAUCCACUCCUGAGAACUGAUCCAUCACUGUGGUGUGUCUCAGCCUGGAAUGAUAAUGGCAAGGAGCAAAUGGUGGAUGCAACAAGGCCUGAUCUUCUCUAUCGAACAGACUUUUUCCCAGGCCUGGGGUGGCUUCUGCUGGCUGAGCUAUGGGAUGAGCUAGAGCCUAAGUGGCCAAAGGCCUUUUGGGAUGACUGGAUGCGACAGCCAGAGCAACGUCGAGAUCGAGCUUGCUUAAGACCAGAGAUCUCUCGGACGAUGACCUUUGGUCGAAAGGGGGUGAGCCAAGGGCAAUUCUUUGACCAGCACCUCAAGUUCAUCAAGUUGAACCAAGGUUUUGUGACCUUCACUCAGUUGGACCUGUCCUAUCUGAAACAGGAAGCCUAUGAUCAGGACUUUUCUGCCCGAGUCUAUGCUGCCCCGCAAGUGCAAGUGGAGGAGCUAAAAGGCAACCAGAAACAGGAAUUAGGGGAGGUUAGGGUACAGUACAGGGGACGAGACAGCUUCAGGGCCUUUGCUAAGGCCCUAGGUGUCAUGGAUGAUCUCAAGUCAGGUGUUCCCCGAGCUGGCUAUCGGGGCAUUGUCAGUUUUCUAUUCCGGGGCCGUCGGGUAUAUUUGGCACCUCCACAAGAUUGGACUGGUUAUGACCCUAGCUGGAGUUAGCAGUGGCACCCACUCUCCGGUCCUCUACAAGAAGAGUUGGAGAGUCUUGUCUAUAGGCUUCAUUGUUCUUUUUGUGUGUUUUCUUAUCAAUUCUGGGUAUGUGUUUUUUUGGGGGUUUUUUGUUUUUUUUUUUUAAUUUUUCCAAGUGGCAUUCGAGUGCAUUUUCUCUGCCUGGGCCAGGGGCGUGGGAUAUUUGGUUUGUAUCCUGUCAACAAUGGGAAGGCAUUCUUGGGGAAUAUUGGGACUCUGGGCAGGAGUUUUAUAAGACAAAAAAAUUCAUUUCUCCACCCUAUAGAAGCUGAGAGACCUAGCCUUUCCAUUAGAUAGUUUUGAUUUUUCUCAUGAAAAUCUUAGUUACAAUUUUCAAAGAUUUUUCACUCAUUGGGACUUCAUUAGGGACUGACUUGAUUUUUCUCCUCUACUAUCCCUUCUAGCUAGGAUGCACUUAGCCUCUCUGGGUCUCAAUUUCUUCAUCUAUUAAGUGAAGAGAUUAGACUAGUUGACCUUUAACAGUUCUUCCAACUCUAACUCUAUGAUAUUAUGAUCCCUACCCCAGUUCUUCCCACUUGAUCCAUCCCUUUUUCUAAGAGCUUGUGGCCAAAACAAGGACACACCAAAGGGGAGCCAGGGAACACAUUACUAAAUUUUAGGUAUUUGUACUUUUUAAUUCCCUUUGACCUUUGUCCUGUCUCUGUGUGUGCAGUGUGUACCAUAUGUUCUUAUCCAUAAAACCUUUUGUAUUUUUAAAAUUUUUCCUUCAUUCUUCCUUUUUUGUGUGUGAGGCAUUUGGGGUUAAGUGACUUGCCCAGGGUCACACAGCUAGUAAAUGUUAAGUGUCUGAGCCUGGAUUUGAACUCAGGUCCUCCUGACUUCAGGGCCAGUGCUCUCUCCACUGCGUUGUUGUCUCAUUUUUUUCUCUUCCUCUGGAGUUUAGUAAUCCCCAAUUCUAGAAAGAAAAGUUGAAUGAGAAAAAGUAAAAUCUCCCCAGUUCUCCAUUCUCAGGACUUGGGGGAGAUUGUGGGCUGGGCUUAGCAUUGGGAGAGUCUUCAGUUGAUUUUGAGAAAUUCUUCCUUCUUCAAGGGAGCAGUCUCUAGCCACUCUUCCUGAACCCAAUUCUUCCUAAUUUCUUUAGGAGAGUGUAGCUUCAAAUGGAUGAUGGAAGGGUGGAAGAGCCUUGUCCUUUGUGCCCUUUCCGUUUUCUCCUGGGUUCAACUUAUUGAUUCUGUGGGUUACUUUCUCUCAGUGUGUGACUUUUCUGUUUUCCCCCUUUACCAGUGGUAGACUCCUGAAGAGCAAAUGUGAUUAAUGCCAUUAGCAGCUAGCCCCUCUUAUGUAACAUGUAUUCUCAACACAGAUAGGGUAGGGUGUGCCCUCCUUUACCUUCAACUCCUUUAUUUCUUGGGAAAUGAGGAUAAUGAUGGUGGUUGAUUGAGGAAUUUGGUCAUUUAUAUAUUUUUUUUCCUUACCUCAGUUUCAUGGAAGAAAAUUGAAGUUGCCUAAUUAUUUUCCAGAAUAAAAUAAAGAUUGUCAUUUGAAAAGCUCCAGUCUCUCUGUCCUGAAGAAAGAUAAGGGUGAGAAUAACUGAGGGGUGAUGGGGGUUUUGAGCAGGGUGGGCAGUGGAAGAAGUAAAAAGCAGAGAAAGGGAAUAGGGAAAAAACAGCAAGAAAGAAGGGAGAAAAGGAUUGAAAGAAUAUGGAAUACAAGGGAAGGAAAGAGGUGAAAUGGCAUGAAGGGAAAAGAGGAAGGUAGUGCUGGGGAAAUGAGAGGAGAAAUGAGGGGGGAAACCCCGGGGGGAAGAAGUCAUGGAAAUGAGAAGAGAGCUUUUAGUCCUGUGGUAUAAGAUGGUUGUUAAUUCUCCCCAAGGGAGAGAUUGGGAGUGUUGAAGCUCCCAGGAAUCCAGAUUCCAUACAUUUUGAAGGUUUGGGAAAGUACAUUCAUAGAGCCUUAGGCCUUGAUCUUACCAAACUGAAGGUAUCAAAAUGAGGGUGGUGGCUUCAUUGUAAAAAGUAAUUUCCUCAACUGAAAGACUUUCAGAAGGCUGAAUAGUCUGUCACAAAUGAGAUGGAGGUUUCCUCAGGGAAACAGAGGCCUGAAACAGACACUAGAGAAAAGCCUGAAGAAAUCUCUAGAAUCAGAGUUUGGAAAGGGAUCAUGAGAAUACUGGUGACAAAAUUGUGUGUAUUUGGAAAGGGAAAUUAAUGAAUAAAAAGCAUUUUUUUUUAAA